AUGCUGCAGGAUUGUGCGAAGGCUCGUCGGGAGGUAGAGCUGCACUGGAGGGCGUCGCCCUGUUCUCACAUCGUACGCAUCAUGGAUGUCUACGAGAACCUCUACCAGGGCAGGAAAUGCCUGCUCAUCGUCAUGGAGUGGUAGGUCACACGCACACACACACACAUCCGUUUAGCCUAUUUUAUUCAAUGUUUUCUCUCUCUGUUUUAGCAUGGAUGGAGGUGAGCUGUUUAGCCAUAUUCAAGACCGAGGGAACCAGGCAUUCACAGAAAGAGGUAAAGACAUAUUUGUCCUUAUUUUUGUCCAGUUGUAUGAUGUCUCCCUUCACUCCACUGGUAUUCAACUGUUCACUUGCUCAGCUAUACCUCUAACUCUCUUUCUCCUCUCUCCCACCCCCUAUCUAGAGGCCUCUGACAUUAUGAAGAGUAUAGGUGAAGCCAUCCAGUACCUGCAUGCCAUUGACAUUGCUCACAGAGACAUCAAGGUGUAAAGCCUGUCUGAACAGAAUUAUACCGUACAUGCCUUCAGGCAGAACGACUUAUUUUAUGUACAUGUUUAGUCAAAAAAAGUAAUGCUAUUUUCUCAUCUCUCAGCCAGAGAAUCUGUUGUACACCUCCAAAAGGCCAGACGCCCUCCUCAAACUCACCGAUUUUGGGUUUGCCAAAGAAAUCACCACACUCAACUCCCUGGCAACGCCAUGCUACACCCCCUAUUAUGUUGGUAAGGGCAUGCCACUCGGUCUGCAUGCUUGCUGUUCAACAUGCUUACUGACUGUGGUUUAUAAUACAGCCUAAAUCUUGUUGGUGUAAUUAUUCAUGAAUACUUCAAUGCCAUUGAUUUACUAUGUUCAUUAAAUACAAUGCUUGAAUUUAUUUAGUAUUUUGUUUUUUCUCCCUCCUUUAUCCCAGCUCCUGAGGUUCUUGGUCCAGAGAAGUACGACAAAUCCUGUGAUAUGUGGUCUCUGGGCGUCAUCAUGUAUAUCCUGUAAGUGAUACAAAAUAGGUUGACAGCCCGAAUCAAUUCCCAAUAGCAGCAUGUACAGGAUGUAGCAUGUUUUGGUUCGUAUAAAUGUUCCUCUCCACCUCUCUCCCCAGGCUGUGUGGAUAUCCUCCCUUCUACUCCAACCACGGCCUUGCCAUCUCCCCAGGGAUGAAGAGACGCAUCAGGAACGGACAGUACGAGUUCCCCAACCCAGAGUGGUCUGACGUGUCUGAGGAAGGUAAUAAAGAGAACCCAGGGGUAUUUAUAUGGUCCGGAUUCAAAAUGAAUAUCAUGACAUUGAUGGGAAUGAUGGGCGAAUAUGUAUAAAAAAAAAAAAUAUAUAUAUAUAUACAUAUACAUAUACAUAUACAGUGAGGGAAAAAAGUAUUUGAUCCCCUGCUGAUUUUGUACGUUUGCCCACUGACAAAGACAUGAUCAGUCUAUAAUUUUAAUGGUAGGUUUAUUUGAACAGUGAGAGACAAAAUAACAACAAAAUAAUCCAGCAAAACGCAUGUCAAAAAUGUUAUAAAUUGAUUUGCAUUUUAAUGAGGGAAAUAAGUAUUUGACCCCUCUGCAAAACAUGACUUAGUACUUGGUGGCAAAACCCUUGUUGGCAAUCACAGAGGUCAGACGUUUCUUGUAGUUGGCCACCAGGUUUGCACACAUCUCAGGAGGGAUUUUGUCCCACUCCUCUUUGCAGAUCUUCUCCAAGUCAUUAAGGUUUCGAGGCUGACGUUUGGCAACUCGAACAAUCAGCUCCCUCCACAGAUUUUCUAUGGGAUUAAGGUCUGGAGACUGGCUAGGCCACUCCAGGACCUUAAUGUGCUUAUUCUUGAGGCAUUCCUUUGUUGCCUUGGCCGUGUGUUUUGGGUCAUUGUCAUGCUGGAAUACCCAUCCACGACCCAUUUUCAAUGCCCUGGCUGAGGGAAGGAGAUUCUCACCCAAGAUUUGACAGUACAUGGCCCCGUCCAUCGUCCCUUUGAUGCGGUGAAGUUGUCCUGUCCCCUUAGCAGAAAAACACCCCCAAAGCAUAAUGUUUCCACCUCCAUGUUUGACGGUGGGGAUGGUGUUCUUGGAGUCAUAGGCAGCAUUCCUCCUCCUCCAAACACGGCGAGUUGAGUUGAUGCCAAAGAGCUCGAUUUUGGUCUCAUCUGACCACAACACUUUCACCCAGUUCUCCUCUGAAUCAUUCAGAUGUUCAUUGGCAAACUUCAGACGGGCCUGUAUAUGUGCUUUCUUGAGCAGGGGGACCUUGCGGGUGCUGCAGGAUUUCAGUCCUUCAUGGCGUAGUGUGUUACCAAUUGUUUUCUUGGUGACUAUGGUCCCAGCUGCCUUGAGAUCAUUGACAAGAUCCUCCCGUGUAGUUCUGGGCUGAUUCCUCACCGUUCUCAUGAUCAUUGCAACUCCACGAGGUGAGACUUGCAUGGAGCCCCAGGCUGAGGGAGAUUGACAGUUAUUUUGUGUUUCUUCCAUUUGCGAAUAAUCGCACCAACUGUUGUCACCUUCUCACCAAGCUGCUUGGCGAUGGUCUUGUAGCCCAUUCCAGCCUUGUGUAGGUCUACAAUCUUGUCCCUGACAUCCUUGGAGAGCUCUUUGGUCUUGGCCAUGGUGGAGAGUUUGGAAUCUGAUUGAUUGAUUGCUUCUGUGGACAGGUGUCUUUUAUACAGGUAACAAACUGAGAUUAGGAGCACUCCCUAUAAGAGUGUGCUCCUAAUCUCAGCUCGUUACCUGUAUAAAAGACACCUGGGAGCCAGAAAUCUUUCUGAUUGAGAGGGGGUCAAAUACUUAUUUCCCUCAUUAAAAUGCAAAUCAAUUUAUAACAUUUUUAACAUGCGUUUUUCUGGAUUUUUUUGUUGUUAUUCUGUCUCUCACUGUUCAAAUAAACCUACUAUUAAAAUUAUAGACUGAUCAUUUCUUUGUCAGUGGGCAAACGUACAAAAUCAGCAGGGGAUCAAAUAAUUUUUUCCCUCACUGUAUAUACAUUUUAUUUUCACAUACACCGGAUAGGUGCAGUUUUAAUCUGUUUUAAUUCUGUGUGAAUUGCUUACAAGAGUUGUGACUUUGUUUUUCUAUCUCCCAGCCAAGCAGCUGAUCCGCCACCUGCUGAAGACUGAGCCCACCCAGAGGAUGAGCAUCACAGAGUUCAUGAACCACCCCUGGAUCAAUGUAAGCAUAGCACCCCUCUGUUCCCCCAAAUAUACCAUUUGAGCUAGGUGGUACACACAUGAAGAAACUGUUGCUGCAGUGUGUAUUGAUCACAAUGUAAGAGUACAAGGUUAUUAUUAAGAAUAUGUACAGAAUCCAAUACACUAUCAGUGGUGUAAAAAUACUUUAAAGUACUACUGAAGUAGUUUUUGGGGGUAUCUGUACUUUACUUUACUAUUUAUAUUUUUGACUACUUUUACUUCACUACAUUCCUAAAGAAAAUAAUGUACUUUUUACUCUGUACAUUUUCCCUGACACCCAAAAGUAGUCAUUACAUUUUGAAUGCUUAGCAGGACAAGAAAAUGGUCAAAUUCACGCACUUAUCAAAAGAACAUCCCUGGUCAUCCCUACUGCUUCUGAUCUGACGGACUCACUAAACACAAAUGCUUUGUUUGUAAAUUAUGUCUGAGUGAUGGAGUGUGCCCCUGGCUAUCUGUAAAUAAAUAAAAAACACGAAUAGUGCCAUCUGGUUUUCUUAAUAUAAGGAAUUUGAAGUGAUUUUUACUUUUGAUACUUAAGUAUGUUUUGGCAAUUACAUUUACUUUUGAUACUUAAGUAUAUUUAAAACCAAAUAAUUUUAUACUUUUACUCAAGUAGUAUUUUACUGGGUGACUUUCACUUUUACUUGAGUCAUUUUCUAUUAAGGUAUCUUUACUUUUACUCAAGUAUGGCAAUUGGGUACUUUUUCCACCACUGUACACUAUGAAAGGGAUUAAUCAUUCACUAGCAAUGUUGGACCACAACACCUUUGGGAGAUGAGAACACAGAGAAAGUCUCCAGUCAACACACAUAUUUCCUGUCAUAGCAUAUUAUAUUUUUGUUGCACUGACAUCCUAUUCCAGCUUGGUGGUCCAGUCUGUUUGUGCUUAAGCCAACUCCUCUCUGUGCAUAGAAAUAUAAUUAUUUAUAUGUCUCAGUCUGUUCUUUGUCAUGCCAAAGAAACUGGCCUCACAGCAAUGCUAACUUGGCCAUAACCGCAUACAGCAUGGAACCAUGCUCUUCUUUUUCAACAAUGUCCUCCAGGAGUUGCUGAAUACUUUUCACAUUUCCAGUUUGCUCCUAUAUUCACGUGCCUUGGUUUGAUACAAUGUGUUUUCUAAAGCUAUGUGCUAAUGCUAACCCAUGCUGGUCUCCCUGCAGCAGUCUAUGGAGGUCCCUCAAACCCCUCUCCACACCAGCCGUGUGCUGCAAGAGGAGCAUGACGUCUGGGAGGAGGUCAAGGUGAACUCAUACACGGACACUGGCACUGUAGUGAUUUGAUAACAUUAUUUGGGCUUCUGACUUGGAUCCACACGGCUCCUUCAUGCUGAUUGAGCACAACAACAACAAUAUCCUACUCUAGACUGUACAACAUAGUGUUUGCUUCUAUCUACACAAUUGCGCAUUUGCUCCUUUGGAUAUUCUGUGUGCUUUACACAUUAUUUUAAAUUGUUUCUAUGUGAUAUGCUAAAAGUGUUUUAUUUUUGUUACUAGGAGGAAAUGACAAGUGCCCUGGCAACCAUGAGAGUGGACUAUGAGCAAGUCAAAAUCAAGACCAUCGAGGACUCGACCAAUCCGCUGCUGAUGAAGAGAAGGAAGAAGGCAAGCCAUGCAGCCACUGAAACACCGGGCCUGUGA